CUCUAGCUGCUCGACGUAGAAACAAACAAUUAAAAGUCUUCUCUCAGUGUGAGGAAAUCCAACUGCCCCAACUGUCCUCAUUUUCCUUUUUUUUUCGCAUCUUAAUUGUACACAUUUUCUAUUUCGUUUUCUGGUUUCCAUUUUUUCUCCCCUGUGCUGCGGCAGUUGUUGUGGAAAGUCUAUGUAGAACGGACUGAGCUCUCUACCUUGCGAUUAUUUCCUGUCCUUUUGUGUCGUCGGUCGUAUACAUUUCGUCGUCAGUAGUAACAAAGGAAUUAAUCACUACUCGGGAUUUCAACAAGAGUUUGGAUUGUUUUAUUCUUUCACUCCUUUGCACUCUACCCGUUCACGAUUUUACUGAGACUGCAAGUUUGCUGGUUUAAUUUUUAAUAAACCCACAAAAGAACAUGGCUGCCCAGCCCAGUAGUAGUGCUGUCAGGGCCCUGGCCUUGGAGUACAAAACUAUUCAGGAUGAGCCUGUUGAAGGAUUCAGAAUUAAAUUGACAAACGACGAUAUACUUUUCGAUUGGGAAGUCGCCAUUUUUGGCCCACCAGAAACUCUGUAUCAAGGAGGAUAUUUUAAGGCUCAGCUCAAGUUCCCACCUGAUUAUCCCUACUCGCCCCCCUCUAUGAGAUUUGUUACCAAAGUCUGGCACCCAAAUGUGUAUGAGAAUGGAGAUUUGUGCAUUUCAAUCCUUCACCCACCAGUGGAUGACCCUCAAAGCGGAGAGCUGCCUUGCGAGAGGUGGAAUCCUACCCAGAACGUCAGAACAAUAUUGCUCUCGGUGAUAUCUCUGUUUAACGAGCCCAACACAUCCAGCCCAGCCAACGUCGAUGCCUCGGUCAUGUAUCGCAGAUGGAAGGAUUCGAAAGGCAAAGAUGCCGAGUACGCCAAUAUCAUCAAGAAGCAGGUUGCUGGUUCCCGAGCAGAGGCGGAGAAGGACAAUGUGGUGGUCCCGAUGACCAUAGAGGAUUACUGCAUCAAGUCCAAGCCUCCAGUGACGGAAUCUUUGGACAUGAACGACUUUUACGACGACUGCUAUGAUAUUGAUGAUGAGGAUUCCGACUACGUCGAGGACGACGAGGCCGAUGGAGCUGACGAUAGCGGAAACGAGAAUGCUUAAAGUGAUUCUUAUAGCCCCACGGAUCUCCCUUCACACCACCACCUCUUAUUAUCUUUGUUUGGAAUCAACAUCCGUUCACCUCCCAUUUCUUCCACAACACCUUUUGGUACCACCUUCAUCUUUAUUUUUUCUCUCUCUCAAAUAAUGACCGAAAGUGAUUUAGUGUUUGGAAUCUUAAAAUUCAUCAGAAAAGUUUCCCAGUUCAAACAGCCGAACAGAGGUUUAUUAUUAUUUUUAUUUUUCGUCGAAAAAUUUUGCUCUGAACGGAUGUGAGCCCCUCCCAAAAAACGAAAAACUUCCUCCUCCUUGAUUUCAGUUGAUCCCUUUAUACUGACCUCGACACGCAUUCGUGUUUCGUCGUUCCGCCCGUAUAUAUAUUAGCAAAUGUCACCUUAUUCUUGGUGAGUAUUCAUGGGUUUCUCUGAACUGACAAUGGUUCGCGCAGUUAAAAAACAAAAAUAUGUAAUUCCUUCCCCCGAUUUUGAGCAAACAAAAUUUUGUGAGAAAAAAGACAAAAAAACUAAAACAAAAGUUGAGAAAAAAAAAUCCGAUGGCUAUUCAAUAAUAUGUCUCUUUCGAGUUCUUUUUUUUUUGUAUUUGUGCUGGUAUUCUUGUCCUCUAUUUA